UUAAUUUAUCCUCAUCCGAGAUUUGCGCUACUCAUAAUUAAAUUGACUUCAUAUUUAUUAUUUAUAUAUUUAUUUAAAUUAACAAAUUAUAAUUAUAUAGGCGAAAUAAAAAUAGAAAUGCUAUUAUAAUUUAUCGUUUCUACAUAAGAAUAACUCAUUUUUAUGUAUAUUUAAUCUCAAAAACUAAAAAAUAUACUGACAAUUAUUUUGACAGAAUUGUCAGAUAUUUAAAAUUUUCAAAACAAUAGCAAUUGGUGGAUUAAUAUAUUAUGACGUAUGGUGAAUUUCAUUUUUUUGCAGUGUUCUCGCUACCUAUAAUAGAUAUGAAAUAUACUCGUUUGUAGUUUGUGCGUAGAUAAGCUAAUAUCUGUGGGUGUAGAAAAAUUUUUUUUUAAAUCGGUUUGAAAGAGUUUUACCUAAAAAACAUUUGUAAAUAGCAUGGACUAACUCCAUGAAGAAUUUAACCUUAUUUUAUGGUUUUAAAUUUUGGAAAUAUUUUAAUAUAAAGAUGUUGAAAAGCUGGUCUGAACUAGAGCAUUUACUCCACGAAGAAAUAAAAAAUGGUAUUAAAUCUUUCAAUUUUCCAACAAUGACACCAAUUCAGGCCUACACCAUACCACAAUUGUUAAAGAAAAAAGAUGUAGCAGCAGAGGCAGUUACAGGAUCUGGAAAAACUCUAGCAUUUUUAAUACCAAUUUUGCAAAUAUUGAAACAACGAGAAGUUGAAGAGAAGUGGGAAAAACAUCAAAUUGGAGCUGUAGUUGUCUCUCCCACAAGGGAAUUAGCCUUACAAACUAAAGACGUUCUAGACAGACUCUUAGCUCAUGUAAAAAAUGUAACACAAAUAUUGUUGGUGGGUGGCAACAGCGUAGAAGAAGAUGUUAAUAAUUUAAAAUCUAAUGGUGGCAAUAUAAUAAUUUGCACUCCAGGUAGAUUAGAAGAUUUGUUAACACGAAAAUAUGAUUUAAAUCUUGCAAAAUCAUUAAAGAGUUUGGAAGUGCUUAUACUCGAUGAAGCAGACAGGUUGUUAGAUUUAGGUUUUCAAAAAACACUGGAUACCAUUUUGAGUUAUUUACCAAGACAAAGGAGAACAGGUCUAUUUUCAGCUACACAAACUAAAGAAGUUCAAAGUUUAAUUCGAGCUGGUUUAAGAAAUCCUGUUUUAGUUAGUGUGACAGCUAAAGCCACGCAUAGUACACCAGAGUUGUUAACUAAUUACUACACAGUAACAAGAAAUAAUGGAAAAUUGGCUUCUUUAAUAUCCUUCAUUGAAGCUAAAAAUGUACAAAAAGCUUUACUAUUUUUGCCCACUUGUGCUGUCGUUGAUUAUUGGUCACAUAUUUUCCCUCAUAUUGUCCCUAAAAAGUUAAACUUGCCAGUUUUGGCUAUACAUGGGAAAAUGAAAGAGAAAAGGCAGAAAGUUUUGGAUAAAUUCAGGACAGCUGAGAAAGCAUUACUGCUGUGUACGGAUGUAUUAGCAAGAGGUAUUGACAUACCACAAGUAGACUGGGUGCUACAAUGGGACCCUCCUGCGAGUGCUAGUGCCUUUGUUCACAGAGUUGGCAGAACAGCUCGACAAGGACAGCUAGGGUCUGCUCUUUUACUCUUAUUGGAAAAUGAGGAGGCAUAUGUUUCAUUUAUAGAAAAUAACCAAAGAGUAAAACUAAUCCCAACAGAAGAUCUGGCAUCUGACAAAAGGCCUGAAAUUAUAAGAGAGCAAAUUCGAAAUAUAUUAAAAAGAGAUAGGGCUAUAAUGGAAAAGGCUACACAAGCUUUUGUGUCUCAUAUUCAAGCUUACUCUAAACAUGAAUGUUCUUUAUUGUUAAAAGUUAAGGAAUUGCCUUUGGGGGCUGUUGCAGCUUCUUAUGGAUUACUUCAGCUACCAAAAAUGCCUGAAUUGAAAAACAGAGACACUUCAGAUUUUCCAGAAGUGCCAGUAUUGGAUAUAAAUACCAUACCCUAUAAGGAUAAAGUAAGAGAAGUGAUAAGGCUACAGAAGUUAGAAGAGUAUAAAGUAACAGGCAAAUGGCCAGGACGCAAACAAAAGUUCAUCAAGAAACCCACAGAAUCAUGGUCGCUAACGAAACUUAAAAAAGAAGAAAAAAAAGGCAAACGCCAGAAAAGGAAAGAGAAAAAAGCAAAAUUGGCGGCACUGGGAGAAAUAAAAAAGAAGAAAAGAAAACGUAUAAGUGAAGAAGACCUGGAAGAACUGAAAAAAGAUGUAGCAUUACUAAAGAAACUGAAGAAAAAGAAAAUAUCUGAUGAAGAGUAUGAAAAGGAAAUAGGUUUAGCUUAAAACAAUUGUUAAAAUUUUUUGUGUAAAUAUUUAUUUUUUUAUACAAAUAAAUCUGGUUAAAUAAAAACAUAAAAAGCGCGCAGUUAUAUUACUUAAAAUAUGAUAUUAAAAUCUAUAAAAAACAAUAUUAAGUAUUGAAUGAUAAAAAAACCAAAAACUAACAAACAGUUUAAGAAUAUCUAUUGCUGCGUGUUUCCCCACAUUCGUAAUGCAGUCAAGGCAGCGUUAAAUUUCGUACACCAUUGUACUCUUUCUGGUUUUGUGUCAGCUGACAGUAAAUGCCUAAAAAAUAAUGUAAUUUAUUUUAAUAAACAUGACUCUUUAAAAAAAUGGCUAAAAUUGACCAGGGUACUAGAAUAAUCUGCUAGGGUGGCAAAAUCGUCCAAAUCACAGUUUAUUUCAAAAUGAAACAAGUGAAAAAUACAAUUAGAGUCUAAUUUUCUAAAGAAUAUAUUCAUAACCAUUUUUCACUUAAAAAUGCAAACAAAACAUAAUGGCCUACACGUGACUAUGGGAUAAUCCUCUAAUAAUUAUAUUAUAUGAUACAUUAUAUUAAAAUAUAUGGCUCUAUAAUUUACCAGGAUAUUUAAAAUUCGUCAGUUAAUUUUAAAUUAACAUUUUUUUUUCUUUUUGGUGUGUGGCUUCAACAUCUAAGGUCAUUAGCCUAGUGUUCUAUGUAGGUUAUGGAUUGUACUAGUAGUCUAAUACUCCAUAGUGCAGGAGUAUUAGUACUCUAAUACUCCACCCUUACAGACAGGCCUUGUUACUGUUUCCUCGCGCCACUUUAGGAACAGCACUGUUAAUUAGAACCCAACAGUGAAUGGUCGAGUGGGGAAUCCUACCAAAUAAAUUAACAAUUAAAAACAAACAAAUUGAACUUUAAAAAAACAUUACAUUUUAAAAGAUUGACAUACAAGAACCAAAAUAACAGCAAGAAUUUGAAUUUUAGAAGUUCUCUAUAUUGUACAAAAUUUUCACAGUCUGAUGCGUCCAGUUUAUAUCAUCAGGAUUUCACCAGCUGAUAGUUUAUUGAAAAAAAUAAACUACCAUCUAAUUACCUCUUCUUUUUGAUGUACAAGGUUCAGGUAUUCAGAUAUGUGCAAAAUAUUUAGUUUAAAUUGUUUCCUUGAAGAGGGUGGGGUGGCUCAGUGGUAGAGUCUCUGCCUGUGGAUCCAAGGGUCCCAGGUUCGAAUCCCACCGUUGGCAGGGAUUUUUUAAAUUUAAUUAUUUAAAAUUAAUUCUGAUGCCUUGGUAGGAUUCCCCACUCGACCAUUCACUGUUGGGUUCUAAUUAACAGUGCUGUUCCUAAAGUGGCGCAAGGAAACAGUAACAAGGCCUGUCUGUAGGGGUGUAGGAGUAUCUAGGCGAUAUUUUUUGUGCUGAAAACUAAUCGAAAUGCUCUGUGAGCAUUCCUCUGGAAUUACUAGAUCAAGUCUAAUAUGUCCGAAAGGCACCUCUUAAAGUUGUCAACAAACAGAAAUUUUCAUUAAAAACGUCAACAAACUAUUUUAAAAAAAACUUCAAUACCGUGUACAUCAAAAAAGAAACAGAAUUGGACCAUAUUUUAUAGGACAAAGUACCUUUAUUUUUUGAUAAACUGUCAGCUGGUAAAAUCCGGACGAUAUAAACUGGACCACCCUGUAUAAUAUAGUACCUUGAUAUUUAAUUUACGAUAGUUCACAAGUUGGGUAAGAAUAUCGCCGACGUAAAUACACUAAUUCACUUGUAACCCUGAUCUGUUUUAGCCAUGUUUUAUUUUUUUUUGGAAGUGUCAAAAAGGAAUAACUUGUCUUUCUUGAUUCAUAUUACUCGAAAAUUACUAAUUACCUUAUGAUAGUUUUAUCUCCUUUGCAGAUAGUAAUCAAACUAUCUUUAUCCGUUGAGUAAGCAUGUCUUUCCAUUUCCAGCAAGAAAGUAUGUUGCCUGGCGCAAAUUUCCCUGUUAACUGGUUUGACUUCAUUUGUAAUACAAUUUUUAAGGUCUAUCGAGUUGAUGGGAGCCUGAAAAUAAAAUGAUUUGAUUAGAUUAUUUUAACA